AUGUCUUCAUUUCAUCAGCAUGGGGUUGAACAAGAUGAUGACGGAGGUGCCUCCGAUCUCAGCACCAGUGCCGGCGAACCCGAAGGAGACAACAGUAAUGGACUAUUCGAUAUGGGUCACCCAUCUUCAAAUGCCCAUCCUGUUUUCAAAGACGAACCGGUUGAUUCGGACCCGGGCUCGCUUGAUCAAAACUCCAACAACAACCCACAAGCUCAGGCUCAAGCACCGAUUGGAAUGGGUCCUUUGAUGCGGAUGCAAAUGACUAUGCCGGUGGCUACAACUACAACUCGGCGAUCAUCGAGCAAAGACCGCCACACGAAGGUGGAGGGUCGUGGUCGGAGGAUCCGAAUACCCGCAACAUGCGCUGCCCGGAUCUUCCAGCUGACCCGAGAACUUGGCCACAAAUCUGAUGGAGAAACCGUCCGGUGGCUACUGGAACACGCUGAACAAGCCAUCAUAGAAGCUACCGGAACUGGAACGGUCCCGGCGAUUGCCGUCUCCGUCGGUGGGACCCUCAAAAUACCAACUACGUCGCCGUCGAACAAUCCCGAAGGAGGAGGAGGAGGAGCUGAAUCCCUCAGUAGUUCAAAGAAAAGACGAAGGCCAUCAAACAGCGAGUUAUACGACGUGGAUCCUCCACACUGUAAUGUUUCCCAGGUCUCUGGACUCGCUCCAAUUGCUCCGACUACAGCCACCAUAACUGCGGCGGCGGCUCCACCGGGUUUGGUGCCGGUGUGGGCUGUGAGCAACGCCGGGAUGAUGGUACCAUCCAAUGCGUUCUGGAUGAUACCAUCAGUUGGGUCAGUGGCGCCAUUGCACGGACAAUCGAAUCAACCCCAACUCUGGACUAUUUCGCCGUCCGUGACGCCGGUUUUUAAUGUGUCCGCGAGGCCAAUAUCGUCCUUUGCGCCGGCGGAGACGGUGGCGGUGAUGAACACCACAUCUGGGUUGAUGGGUAAUAGCGGAAUUAGUUCGAAUACGGUGGCGGUUACGGUGGCGACAAAGGGGGGAACGAAGAAAUCAAGUAUGGCACCGGCGAGUGUGAGUGGUAGCGGUGGUGGUGGUGGUGCUAAGGCGGCGCAGAUGUUAAGGGAUUUUUCGUUGGAGAUUUAUGAUAAACAGGAGCUGCAGUUCAUGGGUAUAAGUGGAAUUCAACAGAAAAGUCAAGCUACUUCCUCAAAACCAUGA